UGUUUCUCUGCCAACGCCACGCGCACAAAGACGUGGCUUCACGGGCCACACGCUACUCGCAUCUGCCUUAUCUCUUCAUCCCUAAUCUUCUCUCCUCCAGCCUGUUGAGCGCCUCCAUUUCUUCCCCGCAAAGCUCACCGUCAAGCACCACUCCCAUCUCACACGCAGCCAUGGCCAUACAUCGCGCGCUCCUUGAUUCUAUGAGCAGCGCUCAUCCACCCUUCCCGUCGUGGACGAGUGCCGCAUCAGGGGGCGGGCCGUGGUGCUGGAGCAGAGUUGCUACAACCAGCAGCUGCCGGACGUGGAGGCGGCGACAAGUGCUGGAGAUCCGCUGGGCCACGAUCUGAGACAUCGGAUAGUGGGUUGUCACGGACACGGACGUGGGUCGAGUCCACGUCCCUCCACGCGGCUGCGCCUAUAUAAGUGUGCGGUGUAUCCGAAACCACGCCCUUCUGGUUCCUGUACGGGUGAGGGGCGAAUAGGUUUUUGGGCAGCGACUACGCGAUUGCUCGCUUCCGAUCGGCUACUUCCUCUACGUCUGCGUCGCCCUCAUCAUCACCAUGUCCACCGACGCUGAACGUGCCGCCGCCGAGAAGUUCGAGGCCGACAAAAAGGCUACCGAAGACACCGCUGCUGCUGCCACCGCCGCGGCGGCCUCUGCAUGGCCUACUGGAGGGUAUAACUCGUUUAUCCCGCUCUUACUCUUUUCUGUUAUAGCUAUGCUAGCGUUAAACAUAGAUGUAUCUGCCAUUAGCGUAGCAUGUCCUUCCGUGAUCCAAUAUCAGCAUGUUCUUAAUUCUGUCAAUGCCAUGCUAGUAAUUUAUUUAUUGAUUAAAUUAGUCGAAAAAUUUCCUAUUAUCUCAGCAAUUCAAAAACCUAUUAUGUGUAGCAAUUUUUCGGCAAGUGGCUUUGCCGCUGCACUGAAACCAGAUAAGUUUACUGGUACAUACUUUAAGCGUUGGCAGACUAAGACUACCUUAUGGCUCAUGGCUAUGAACGUGUUCUGGGUCACCGGUGUUCAUUCAGGAAUGAUUGCUCCUGAACAGGAGAAGGCGUUCAAAGAAGCUACCGUCGUGUUCCUAGGGGCAGUUCUUAGUGUGAUCGGAGAUAAGUUGGUCGACGCAUAUUUACAUGUGCACAUCGCCAAGGACUUGUGGGAGACGCUUGAAACUAAGUUCGGGGCCACCGACGCUGGGAGCGAAAUGUAUGUUAUAGAGCAGUUCCACGAUUACAAGAUGGUUGAAAACCGUCCUGUACUGGAGCAGGCUCAUGAGAUGAUAUGCAUCGUCAAGGAGCUUGAACUUCUUAAGUGCGAGUUACCAGGCAAGUUUGUCGCGGGCUGCAUAAUCGCUAAGCUCCCUAAUUCCUGGAGGAACUUUGCCACCACUCUGAAACAACAGAGGCGUGAAUUCUCUGUGGAGGAUGUCAUUGGCCAUCUGAGUGUUGAGCAGAAUUCGAGGGCAAAGGACUCGCACGGAAAAAGGGUCGAAGGAACUUCUGUCGCCAACAUGGUGAAACAGAGGAACCAUAACUCCCACAAGCCCAAGGGAAAGAACGGUGUCCAACACAAUACCGACUUUAAGAAGAAGGGUAAGAAGACCUUCAAGAAGAACAAGAAGGAUGAGGGCUGCUUUACUUGUUGUUUGGUUGAACAUUGGGCCAACAAGUUCCCAAACAAGUACAAGAAGUCAGGACAGGACUCCAAGUCUGUCAACAUGAUUAUGGGCAACAAUGAGAAUGGUGCAUCUGGGUACGGUCACGGGCCACGGGUAUGUAUUGAUGGGGAAUGGCGCGAGUGCUUCUGUUCAUGGUGUUGGCACGGUCGAUCUGAAGUUUAAUUCGGGAAGGAUCGUGCAGCUGAAGAACGUGCAGCAUGUCCCCGCCAUCAAGACGAACCUCGUUAGUGGCUCCCUUUUAUGUAGAGAAGGAUUUAAGUUGGCCUUCGAGUCUAAUAAAUUAGUUGUUACUAAAUAUAGACUAUUUGUUGGAAAAGGUUAUGAGAGCGGAGGGAUCUUCCUCCUUUCCUCGCAGAUUUUUGUAAAAAAGUCGUGAACCAUAUUCAUUCGAGUGUUAAUGAAUUUGAAGUUUGGCAUUCA